AUGCAGCACAACCUCGGGGCGGCUCUACGCCCUGCAACAAAUGGUUUUCUGCAGUCAGCCCUAGCCGCAUCGCACACCCAGUGCGAGCCCUGCUGCUCCCAGCAGCAGCAACAACAGCAGCAGCAGCAACAGAAGCAGCAGCAGCAGCAGAAAGAGCAGCAGACAGCAGCAGCAGAAACGGCGUCAACAGCAUCUGCUUCUCGCAAGUCUCAUGCAUCAUCUUCUGGGGAAUGCCCUGCUAAUCAAGAAGCGGCUGCAGCAUCCACUGCAGCAACAGCAGCAGCAUCAACAGCAGCAGCAGCAGCAGCAGCAUCAUCAGCAGGACCUCAUUCACCUGCAGCAGAGAGCACUUACUGCUAUGGUGCUUCAGGACAAAAAGAAAGACUUCGUAGAAUUCAAAUUAGCGGAGACACUACUUGGAUAGGAAGCGGUGCAUACGGGUGCGUCGCUUCAUUUGAAGUCGUCAGCCCUGCAGGUAUUCAGCGCGUUGCUGUUAAAAAAAUCGGCGAUUUAUUUAGAGAUUUGGUCGACGCCAAGCGGAUUCUGAGAGAAAUUAAAAUUCUUAAGGCGCUUCAACACGAAAAUAUGAUUCAACUGCUCGAAAUACUCGAUCCUCUCUCUCCAGCAAAUGUAAUUCAUCGCGACUUGAAGCCGAGUAAUAUUUUGGUUAAUUUAAAUUGCGAUGUCAAAAUUUGUGACUUCGGGUUGGCGCGCGGCGUCAGCAGCAGCAGCAGCAGCAGCAGCAGCAACGCAACAGACAGCAACUCCCAGCAGCAGCAGCAGCGGGACCAGGAGCAGCAGCAACAGCAGCAGCAGCAGCAGCAGCAGAUCAACACUGAACCAGCUGAUCGGCUGGCAGACUCGCAGCUGAGUGUUAUGGAGACGGAUGGGGCCCCGCAGCGGCCUCCUGCUGCUGCUGCUGCUGCUGCUGGUGCUUCAAUGCCUGGUGGCAGCAGCAGCAGCAGCAACUGCAGCAGCAGCAGCAGCAGAACAGGCGGGCCCUGCGCCCGCCUCGUCAGCCGCUCUUCUUGGGCUUCUCUUCAACGCACCAUCGAAGCAGCAGCAAGUCCAGCAAACGAACAUUUGCUGCUGCUCCUGCAUUUGCACUAG